UCUAUUUCGAUCGACAAGGACCGACAGAGAAGAAUGGAGAUUUCGCAUUUCAGCCACGAGCAUCCGCUGACCCUCUGCACGGCAGAGGAUGCUGGCGAGCCAUGCAACGGAUGCUCGAGACCCAUCUUCGAUCUCGGUUACGUUUGCUACGACUGUGGCUUCCUCCUCCACAAGAAGUGCGCCAAGUUGCCUCGUAAAGCCCACCACCGCCUUCAUCCCAAACACCCUCUCACCCUCCUCUUCAAUUCUUCGGAAACAUUCCAGUGCAACGUCUGCAAGAAAACUGGCUCCGGGUUUGCCUUCCGAUGCUGCGAGUGCCAGUACGUCAUGGACGUGACCUGUUUCUUAAAGCAUCAGCCUUAUCUUGAUCCCUCUCCACUAGAAGGGAAAACAAGGAAGCUACAGCAUUUCAGCCACAAUCACACCCUGACGCUUUGCUACCUCACACAGCAGAGUAAAAUGAACUGUAAAGGAUGUGGACAGCAAAUUUCGGGUCCAGCUUGUUGCUGCAAGGAAUGCGAUCAGCUCACACUCCACAAAUCCUGCGCUCAAUGGCCACAGCAGAAGGAACAUCCUUUCCACCCGUCGCACUCCCUCACACUCUUUACAAAAUCGCCUUAUCCUUCUGGGCGAGUAUUGUGUAAUGCCUGUGGGAAGGUCGUCAGUGGUUUUGUGUACCACUGCGACAAAUGUUCAUUCGACCUCGACUCGGUAUGCGCUUCUCUUACACCUUCGCUGAAACAUGAGAAGCAUAAUCACCCCCUUACUUUCUUUGAAGAAUUGAACAUUCAAGUUCCGUGUAAUUCCUGCUGCAAACCGUGCAGAAACGAUCUUUACCGAUGCGUUACCUGCAACUUUAAUGUGCACUCCACUUGUCUUCCUUUUCCAAGAACCGUUAAGCACAUACACCAUUGCCAUUCUCUUAUACUCAAAGACUCCACUCUCGAGGAGGAUCCGAGUGGGAUUCUCUGCGCAACAUGCAAGAAGAAGAUAAGCCCAACGGCCCGGGCUUAUUACUGUGCAGAAUGCAGCUAUGGAGUUCAUCUUGAAUGUGUGGUCUCCGAGGAGCAGUCGGAUCAAGGGAAACUCCUACAAGACAUUGCAAGGGUUCGAGAAGAGCUAGACGCAAUUGCCGCUCAGCUGAAACGGGACAAAAAAUCAGGAUCAACAAAGAUACAGGCAUGAGCAGGAAAACAGUCCGACAUAACACAGCAGCAACCUGAGGUAAGAAAAAAUAGAAAUACCCCCCAAUAAGGGGAAGUGAGAUCCUAUAAUCUUCGCUCUGUCGAAACCGUCAUGCCUGAAGCCUAGUGCCACUUGCUGGAGUCAGGUUAGAUAUUUAGGACUCAGUACUUGUGUCAUGCAUCUAAAUGUAUUGCUAUAAUGUAAAAAGCCUAUCCACAUGUGCAAA